AACAGCUGCAGCCUAAGUUCGCACAGAAUUUCACGGCAUUGCAAGUAGUAGACAUAUCAUUUUAUCCCAAAACCUAUAGAAUAUCGUUCACACUAACCAAAUAUUAAAAUGGUUGAUCGCGAGCAGCUGGUGCAGAAAGCCAGGCUGGCUGAACAGGCUGAAAGAUAUGAUGACAUGGCAGCUGCCAUGAAAUCGGUAACAGAGCUGAAUGAGGCCCUAUCUAACGAGGAGAGGAACCUCCUGUCUGUGGCCUAUAAGAAUGUGGUAGGGGCCCGCCGUUCCUCUUGGAGGGUGAUCUCUAGCAUCGAGCAGAAGACCUCUGCAGAUGGAAAUGAGAAAAAGAUUGAAAUGGUUCGGGCCUACAGGGAGAAGAUUGAGAAGGAGCUGGAGGCUGUGUGUCAGGACGUGCUCAACCUUCUGGAUAACUACCUGAUCAAGAACUGCAACGAGACGCAGCACGAGAGCAAGGUAUUUUACCUGAAGAUGAAAGGCGACUACUACCGCUACCUGGCUGAGGUGGCCACGGGCGAGAAGAGGGCCACCGUCAUCGAAUCAUCAGAGAAGGCUUACAACGAGGCCCAUGAGAUCAGCAAAGAGCACAUGCAGCCCACCCACCCCAUCCGCCUCGGCUUGGCUCUCAACUACUCUGUGUUUUACUACGAGAUCCAGAAUGCCCCUGAGCAGGCCUGUCAUCUGGCCAAGACCGCCUUCGAUGACGCUAUUGCUGAGCUGGACACCCUGAACGAGGACUCCUACAAAGACUCAACUCUCAUCAUGCAGCUGCUCCGAGACAACUUAACACUGUGGACAAGUGACCAGCAGGAUGAUGAAGGAGGGGAGGGUAACAAAGAUUAAUAAACCACACUUAGAAAAAAUAUAUAAUGAAGGGCCAGUGGGCUUUGGUAGGCGCUUUUGCUGAUGAUCGUACCGCAGCAGUUCUUUAUUUUUCCAUGUGUUAAAAGAAAAGAAUCAAAAGAAAGGUGAGAGGGGAGGUUACAUCUUAGUUUAAUAUAUAUAGAAAUAUAUAUGAAUGGUUGAAAGGGCUGCCAUCUUGAUUUUCUCUUUGACGUUUGCCAAAACCACUGAAAUGUCAGUCAAUCCGCCUGAAGUGGUCGUUGUUGGAUUGGUUUGGCAGCCUCACACUGGCAUAAGGACUGGUGUCGUUGUACCAAGGGAAGCUGCUUAGUUAGGUUUAUGCAUGAUAGAGAUGCAGACACUUGAGGAAGGGAAAAAAAACACUUGAGUGAGAGUGCCUCACAAAAAUAGCUUGCAAUGGUUCCAGUACUAGUUUAAAGGUCAACUCGGCCACUUUUCAACCUCAUAUUCAUUAUCUCCAGCACCAAACCAGUGUCCACAUAUGUGAAACUGCGCGUUCCUAUGAUCUGUGGUCCUACAUCACGAUUUUCUAGCCAUUAUGAUAUAUAAUAUCACUCACUCUUGAAGGGAGUGCAGGAAAGCUAAAAGUAUUAAUCUGACCAAAUCAACUACAAAAAGUACAAUGCAGAUGUUUUGUAAAGGUUAGAUGUGUAUUGUAAAGUUAAUGCCAAUGAUGGCCAUGAGGUAAGGAGAAAAUACUUAUCAAUUUCCUCUUUCACAUGACUUCUAGUUUGAGGUGAAUUUGGCAUGAAAUCCAAUGUGACUGUCCUCUGACUGCUCUAAAUAUGAUACUGGAACCAUAGCUUUACCUCCAAUAGAGUCUAUCUAAAGGCAGAGACAGGUUAAAACAGAAACAUGAUCUUAAAGCAGCUGCAGAGUUUGUGGUUUACUUCUGUGUUUGUUUUAUUAAAUGCACUUGCCUACUAUACUGUUUCUUCAGUGUAAGAUGAUUACUACAAUAAUAUCGAUUAUUCAGUAUUGUGCAUGCUGGUGAUGUAUUGAAACAUACAGUAGCUUGACUUUAUUAACUUAUACUGUGGGUGUUAAGUAUUCAUAAGAUUGAGAAAACAUAGGCUUUGUCUGAUUAUUUCUUAUUUAUAACUUAUUCUUAUUUUGUUUAUAUUUGCUAUACCAAAACGGUGAUCGUAAAAAUGUAUAUGUUAUGAGCAUUGCUAUAGUGGCAUGCAAUAUGUGUAUUUAAUUUGUUGAUGGAAGAAAAAAAGUGGAAAAAACACCAGUGAUUGCUUAAUCUUACCAGCUGGUGUUUGUAACAUUAAAUUAUGAUAAUGGCUUUGUCACAUUAAAUUAUAAUAAUGGCAUUGUAAAACAAAUACUUUGUUCUUUGAACUAUAUUUGAGUACUUAUUUUGUCAUGUUAUUAACCAGUUUGAACAAUGGUGAAGUUUUCAGAAUCUGUGUUUCUGUUAUGAAUUCACAACAUGGACCACAAUUUAUUUCUGACAGUAUACAUUUUUUGUUUGUUUUUAUACCUUUUAGCUGUUCCUGAGUGACAAAUAUCUUGAAUGUGAGUCAUUAUGUAGCAGUUGCACAAGAAACGAGCUAACUAUGAUAAUAAAAAAAGAAUAUGACAAAAUGA